UCCCUCCCCCUCUCCCGCAGCCGCAGCGCAGGGCAGAGGCAGCGGCGGCGGCAGGCAGAGCCGCCCGGCCCCGCGCCCGGCGGAGGCGGGCGGGCGCUGCGCAGCGGGCGCUGCCCCCGCUGCCGGAGGCUCCGCCCGCGGCGCCCAUGGAGCGGCGGCCCGGCGCCAGGUGAGGCAGGGCCGCCUGUUGCGCCGCUCCGGCGCGGGGCGAGCCGCCGCGGGGCGCCGCAGUGGGGCGGCGCGGCAACUCCGCGAAGUUUUGCGGGAAGGCGCCGCCGCCGCCGCCGCCGCCGCUGCGGGUGUACUUUUAAGAAGAGUAUUGACCAUGAGGAAACGCACAUGUUAGGCCAUUUUUACUAAUCCCACUGAAGAAAAUGAAGCUACGUUUCAGCUUUGCAGAGCCUUUUCCCACCACUGUUGGCUGAAUGAGGCAUGGUCGUGUGAUUAUGCUGACAUCCCAGCAUGCAUUUGGUAGACCUGUGGUUAACUCGUUCCCUCUCCAUGUGUCUGCUCUUACAAAGUUUUGUCCUCAUGAUACUGUGCUUUCAUUCUGCCAGUAUGUGCCCAAAAGGCUGCCUUUGUUCUCACUCGGGAGGUUUAAACGUCAGCUGUAGCAAUGCAAACCUCAAGGAAAUACCCAGAGAUCUUCCUCCAGAAACAGUCUUACUUUAUUUGGACUCCAAUCAGAUAACCUCUAUCCCAAAUGAAAUUUUUAAGGACUUGCAUCAACUGAGAGUCCUCAAUUUAUCAAAAAAUGGGAUUGAAUUUAUAGACGAACAUGCCUUUAAAGGGGUGGCAGAAACCUUGCAGACUCUGGAUUUGUCUGACAACCGGAUUCAAAGCGUGCACAAAAAUGCUUUCAACAACUUAAAGGCCAGAGCCAGAAUCGCAAACAACCCUUGGCACUGUGACUGCACGCUGCAGCAGGUGUUGAGGAGCAUGGCGUCCAACCAUGAGACUGCCAACAACGUCAUCUGUAAGACAUCUGUGUUAGAUGAACACGCCGGGAGACCCUUCCUCAAUGCGGCCAACGAUGCUGACCUCUGUAACCUUCCUAAAAAGACUACCGAUUACGCCAUGCUGGUCACCAUGUUUGGCUGGUUCACCAUGGUGAUCUCAUAUGUGGUUUAUUACGUGCGGCAAAAUCAAGAGGAUGCAAGGAGGCACCUUGAGUACUUGAAAUCCCUGCCAAGCAGGCAAAAGAAACCAGACGAAGCCGAUGACAUUAGCACUGUGGUAUAGUAUUCUGAACAUAAUGACUGCCUUUGUGAUGGAAAUUAGGUUUGGAGGACACUAAAACCAGAGGUUUACUUCUAAUGUUCAUUGUAAUUGUUAAGACUUUUUUUUUCUUUUUUUUUUCAGUUUAACUGAAUUACGCCACUGUUGAGCUUUCCAACAGAGAGUCUUGUUUGGGCGGUAUACUUUAAUUGUUUCUCUGGUGAUAUCCUAAAGCAAGUGAGUUGAUAUGUAAAACAUUAGUUUAGACCCAUUCCACUAUUUAAUAAUGAAAUUUAUUUUUUUAAUUUAAAAACCAAAUAAAACCUGAAAUUUGAACCAUGUAAA